AUGGCCGAUCUUCGCGCCCUUGGUAAGAGUGAGCGACGUGUGCUGAAUACGCUGGAAGGACUGGAGAAUUUCGCGCGAAGGUACGAUCCUACUCAGGACGAAUCUCAAGUAGCAGUGCGCCUGGAAUUCCUAGAAGGAAUCUGCAAGGAGUUCUACGCGAUUCGGGAACGAAUUGAGCUGCUAUCGGACGAAACCACUGAGGAUGAGGACGACAAGGAUGUCCAAGUACGCGAAAAGGCCAACCUGGCGGCGCUUACCGAGUUCGAGGAGCGGUAUUUUCGCUUAAAGGCCAGUCUCACAUCGAAGCGAGCUCCCCCACCACCAAUCGCGACGACGUCCGGAAUCGGUCAACCUGGUGACCGGUCAGAUUCUUCUUUUUCAAAGGUGAAGCUACCAGAAAUUCGCCUUCCGUCGUUUGGUGGGAGGAUUAAGGAGUGGGUCCCGUUUCGAGACAGCUUUUGCAGCCUGAUCCAUGAGAACAAGCAGCUCAACGACAUGGACAGGUUCAGUUAUUUGAAGUCGGCUCUCUCCGGAGAAGCGUUGCAGGAGAUCGAGUCCGUGGAGCUUUCAGCUGCGAACUAUAGCGUGGCGUGGAAGGCGCUGGAAUCCCGCUACGAGAACAAGAAACUAAUAGUGAAGGCCCACCUCGAUGCUCUUUUCGCCGUGGAAGGCAUGAAACGCGAGUGUUACGACGGCUUGAGCAACCUAAUCGGCGGGUUCGAGAAAAACCUCCAGAUGCUGCAGAAGAUUGGAGAAGACACCGCUGCGUGGAGCACAAUUCUGGCCUACAUGGUGUAUUCCCGGCUGGAUCCUGCUACGUUACGACAGUGGGAAACGCACCAUAACUCCAAAGACGUGCCAACGUACCAGAACAUGCUCGCAUUCCUACGCAGCCAUUGUGCAGUACUACAAUCCGUCGCUCCCGUGAGCUCGAAGCCGAGCAACUCCGACUGUCGCACAUCGAAGCCAUCCGUGUGCCAUACAACCGUCAAAUCGUCAAGGAAGUGCCCAUUCUGUGGAGAUUCGUGGCAUCCCGCCUUCGCCUGUGGGAAGUUUCAGCGGUUACAAGUUGCGGAGCGCCUCGAAGUUGUUUCCAAGGCAAAGCUGUGUCGGAACUGUCUCAGCCUUGGCCAUUGGGCCCGAUACUGCGACAAGGGAACCUGUCGUCACUGCCAGCAGAAGCACCACACUCUUCUGCAUGGAGCACCAAUCCGAUCCUCCGUUCCACAAUCGCAGUCAAAUCCUCCGACACAAACCAGACAACAGCCACAGUCCCCGCAACCAAGACCGAACCCGAGACCACAGACAUCAAACGCUAGCUACACUACACCCAGCAACUCUCAACGACCGAGCACUCAGUCACCAGCCACCAACACUGCCACAUCCACCACCCAAACACACAUUGCACUCCCAGUUACUCCCAUACACAACAUUCUGCUCUCCACCGCCCUUGUCAAAGUUCAAGAUCGUCACGGCAAUACCAUGCUAGCACGAGCCCUGCUGGAUUCGUGCUCCCAGCACUGCCUGAUGACGAAAGAGUUCUCCAGCAGAAUGCAUUUCCACGCGUCGCCAUCACUUCUCUCCGUUCAAGGAAUCGGUUCGUCGAUCAGCACGUCGACGAAAAUCGUCAGCGCUGUAGUUCGGCCAAGGUUGGAGGGCAUGUCGGCAUUCUCGCAAGAGAUGCAUUUCAAUGUUCUCCCGCAGCUGACUGUUUCGCUACCGACAGCCAGUUGUAGCAUCACCGGAUGGAACCUUCCCGAAGCAGCCUUCCUCGCCGAUCCGCGUUUCCACGAGCCAGGACCGGUAGACAUCAUAAUCGGAGCAGAGUAUUACAUGGACCUGCUUCGGAACGAGCGACAAAAAGCGACUGAAGAUGGACCUACACUACAGAACACCGAGUUUGGCUGGAUCGUCUCCGGCAAGACACCCAAUCGCCCUGUCGGUGGAUCGCCAUCCUUGACUUUCGUCUGCUCCACGAACGAUCUUCAAGAACACCUCACGAAGUUUUGGGACCGAGAAACCUGUCGAAGUCACAGUACGCAGGCACUGGAAGAGUCAGCUUGCGAGGCGUAUUUCCACCAAGGCCACAUGCAAUGUGGCUUGUUAAUGUUAAUGUUAACACCAAUCAACCGGACAAUCUCCGAAACGGGGGAGGUGUGUGUGAGGUUGCUGACGGCGAAAUCACGAAUUGCUCCACUCGACAACCUGAAAAAGGGGAACAAGCGCCUCUCGACCCCACGGUUGGAGUUGUCGUCUGCGUUGCUGCUAGCCCACCUCUUCGAAAAGGUCGUGAGCAGCCUUGGCAUGCGUGCAAGGUGCUUCUUCUGGACGGACUCAACCAUCGUCAAGUGUUGGCUAUCGUCGUCGCCGUCAAGAUGGAAGCAGUUCGUCGCAAUUGGAGUUUCGGAGAUUCAGCACAUAACGAAGGACGGUGUCUGGAACCAGGUUGCUGGACUGCAGAAUCCGGCGGAUAUCAUUUCCCGCGGAAUGGCUCCUGUACAGUUGCAGAACAAAUCGCUCUGGUUCAGUGGACCGCAUUGGCUGAGGUCGGACGAGUGCAACUGGCUUUCAACCCCACCAAUCAGCGUAGACGAUUUUGAUCCGGUAGAUCUCCAGGUCAAGGACGUGUCUGCAGUACUUCCAGUUAUCGAACCAAGCGAUGUCUUCAGUCUCCGAUCAUCGUCAAGCAACCUCCAGCACCACACUGCCUGGGUAUUACGUUUCUGCUUCAAGUCGCAAACCGAGUUGGCAGACCUAACGAGUAGCAGAAGAGUUAGAGAUUCGUCGAAGUUCCCAGAUCUGAAGCCGCAACUCGAAGACGGGGUACUGUGUGUUGGCGGCCGGUUUAGACACGCGUCAAUCAAGAAUCGGCGCUCAGUCUAUCAGGAAGCUCUACGGUUCACACCGCAGUUGUGGAAUAACUGGUCCAAGCUGUACGUGUUGGACCUCCGCAAACGAACGAGAAGGACUAUACGUCGGAACAACGUUGCAGUAGGGACCAUGGUGGUUCUGAAGGAUGAAGAACGACCGCCUCUGAAAUGGCAGCUCGGCCGGGUGACAGAGGUUCACGCUGGCGAAGACGGGAAUGUGCGGGUCGUAACAGUCAAGAUCAAGGACGGCAGCUACCGCAGAGCAGUAUCAAAGAUCUGCGUGCUGCCCAUCCGUGACAAUAUUGUAUCGUCGAACGGGGAGAACUAA